AAAAUAAAUAAUAUGAGAUGGGCUCGUAUUACUAAUAAGAUUCGUCGAAGUUGGUGUGUUCGUGAAAAGCUUAUAGUUGUUUAUUAUUUUGAAUGCAUUAAAAAUGUGCGAAAAACGGCUAAAGAGUUUGGAAUCGAGCCUAAACAAGUUCAUGCUUUACCUCAUGCUUUAUCACUUCAUCCUGGUCGCUCUGCACAAUAUCCAAUUCUUGAAGAAAAGCUUUUUAACUGGGUUAAAGAAUUAC